CGUCGGGCUCCCCGUGCUGCCGCCGCCUCUUCCCCGCCGCGGCGGCAGCUGGCGGCGCCCCGCGCUCCCUGAGCACGGCGGCGAGCGCGGAGCCACCGCGGGAGGCUGUGGGCGCUCCGCCGCGCUUCGAGGCUCGGAGGCUGCUGGCCCUGGCGCACCCCGAGCGCUGGAGACUGACAGCUGCUGUUGGCUUUCUGGCAGUUUCCAGUGUCAUUACUAUGUCAGCCCCUUUCUUUAUGGGGAAAGUUAUUGACAUUAUUUAUACAAAUCCCAGUGAGGAUUUCACUGACAGCCUGACCAACCUGUGUGCCUUGCUGAGUGGAAUCUUUUUAUGUGGUGGUGCUGCUAAUGCUACUCGUGUCUACCUCAUGCAGACUGCAGGACAAAGAAUUGUGAAACGUUUGMGAGCAACAAUGUUCUCCUCUAUUCUGAAGCAAGAAAUGGCUUUCUUUGACAAGACCAGAACAGGAGAGUUGAUAAACCGCUUAUCUUCAGAUACAGCCCUCUUGGGCCGCUCAGUGACCGAAAACCUUUCAGAUGGRCUCAGAGCAGGAACACAAGCAUCUGUGGGGGUUGGAAUGAUGUUUUUUGUGUCCCCUAGCCUUGCUGCAUUUGUUCUGAGCAUUGUGCCACCCUUAGCUGUCCUGGCUGUGAUUUAUGGCAGAUACUUGCGAARGCUUACUAAAAUGACUCAAGAUUCUCUUGCAGAAGCAACACAGUUAGCUGAAGAGCGCAUUGGAAACAUCAGAACAGUUCGAGCUUUUGGACAAGAAGUGGCUGAAAUGGAAAAAUACACAAAUAAAGUUGAUUAUGUGCUACAGCUGGCUAAAAAAGAGGCACUAGUUCGGGCAGGCUUCUUCGGAGCAACAGGCCUCUCUGGAAACUUAAUUGUUCUCUCAGUGUUAUACAAAGGAGGAUUACUAAUGGGCAGUGCCUACAUGACAGUUGGUGAACUCUCGUCUUUCCUAAUGUAUGCUUUCUGGGUUGGAAUAAGCAUCGGAGGUCUAAGUUCCUUUUAUUCUGAGCUAAUGAAAGGACUAGGUGCUGGUGGACGUCUUUGGGAACUUAUUGAAARGAAGCCCCAACUUCCAUUUAAUGAGGGAAUCACAUUAGGCAAAGAUGUAUUCAGAGGUGCUUUGGAAUUCAAAGACGUUGAAUUUGCAUAUCCAACACGUCCAGAAACAUCAAUUUUCAAAGAUUUCAGCCUUUCCAUUCCAGCUGGCUCUGUUAUGGCUCUAGUUGGCCCAAGUGGAACAGGGAAAUCAACGAUUGUAUCCCUUCUCCUGCGGCUGUAUGAUCCCAUCUCAGGUACUAUCACCAUUGAUGGCUUUGAUAUCCGUCAAUUAAAUCCACUGUGGUUCAGGACAAAGAUUGGAACAGUAAGUCAGGAACCGAUUCUCUUCUCCUGUUCUAUUGCUGAAAAUAUUGCCUAUGGUGCAGAGGAUCCUUCUACUGUGACAGCAGAGGAGAUUCAGAAAGUUGCUGAAAUAGCUAAUGCUAACAGUUUUAUCAGAGAUUUUCCAAAAGGGUUUGACACUGUAGUUGGAGAAAAGGGCAUUUUGCUUUCAGGUGGACAGAAGCAACGAAUUGCAAUUGCUCGAGCUCUGCUCAAGAAUCCUAAAAUUCUUCUGUUAGAUGAAGCAACAAGUGCUUUGGAUGCUGAAAAUGAGUAUCUAGUGCAAGAAGCUCUGGACCGGCUGAUGGAAGGGAGGACAGUCCUAAUUAUUGCCCAUCGUCUCUCUACUAUUCAGAAUGCUGAUUUUGUUGCUGUCCUUGGCCAGGGUAAAAUUCUUGAAUGUGGGAAACAUGAGGAACUACUUGCAAAUCCAAAUGGACUUUUCAGGAAAYUAAUGCAGAAACAAGCUUUUCUUCAGAACAAUGAUACUUGUGCAUUAGAUUUACAAUCCAGAGAAAAGGAUAUAUUAAAAGAAAAUAUAUGAGACAAUGUAUGAAUAAKGGAAACUUACAAACUACAAAGACUAUAACUUAUGUUUCAGUUAUGUAAAGUAAAUGUUAUAUUUUUCCAAAAUGUAYGAAAUAUUCUUUUGAAACUUAAUGUGUUUUAACUUUUUAUUGAAAGCUUUUUAAUAACUAUUGUAACUUUUAAAAAUAUCUGCCACRCUGAGAUAAUUUCAGUGCACAGAUUUCUCUGCUUUGUGUUACUUUUAGACUGUCUAGAAUCUUGUUUGCUGUAAUGCACUGUAUGAAGAUGUGCUCCAUUAUCAAGUAAAUUCAGUAUUUUAAAGGUAAUUAAAUGACAAUCUUAUCAUUUUCAUAUCAUUGUCUCUCUCUUUCCAAGGAACKCUUGUGUUUUGUGCUUGUCAGUAGUCUUAAAAUGUUGGAAUUCAAAAUGCAUGACACUAAAAUACUCUUGAAAGUUCUGUCUGACUUCCACUGCACUGUCCUUCCAGUUACCAUUUGUUCUGAAAUGCCAUUAUGUGUUCUGAACUUGAUUAUGAUCCCCAUCUACAGUUCCUGUAGAGAAUUACAUAUAAAAUCACAUUUCGGAGAGUAUGAAGGCAUGAGUUGGAGGAAAGUUCUUUAAUAAAACAAUUAAUGCAACAAAAAAAGUAACCAAACAAAAAAACUGACUUUACCUAAGGGCAAAGGAAGUGUAUUAUAAUAYGAAGUCAGCAUAGGAAAAUCUAAAAUUUACAUGCAUUUUCUUCCCUUUUCUAUUUUCCCAUUUCUUUAGUUUCACUUCCUUUCUGAGAUGACAUCUGAAAGAACAUGCCCUCCCAUAUAUGUGUUUGUCCUUUUUUAAGAUAUAUGUAAGUUUUCUAUUGUCAAUUAAAAUUUCAGUGAUAGAAAACAUGAAUUUUGCCUAACCACUUUAUUAGAAACAACUAGUAAACAACCUCAAGGACAACCAGUAAAAUAACAGCAUUACAUUAAUUUGAAUAACUGCAGGRGGAUAUGUUUGGCAGUGAAGAGUUUGCCUCAUGUUUCUAAUWGAUGAGUCUCUUUCAGCAGAAUCUCUGAAGAUGCAAAACCCCACAAGGUGAUUUAAAAAAGCUUAGAAACUUCUCAGGUCACAUUAAAAUUCAUCUAUGCUAGGAAAACUUGUUGCUGGAAG